UAAAAAGUCACGUGACUAAUUGGAUGGCAACAGAUUGUUUACAUGUUGAGGCUCAUUACGAGAGUUAAUUAAUGAUCAACUGCUCUUUACGAUGGUUCUGUCAUGUUGUGUUAUUAAUUGUACUAGUAGAUUUGGACAAUAUAGUUUCUAUCGUGUGCCUAAAAAACCUUUGGAAAAAAGAAAAUUGUGGGUAGAAGCAAUUAAACGAGAGGAGGAGAAUAGAUCUGUAUGGGAACCCUCAGAUUACGACCGUGUAUGUUCUCGUCACUUCAUCACUGGUCAAAAAAGCAAUGACCAAGAGAACCCAGAUUAUGUCCCAACUCUUCAUAUGGGUACCAUAGACAUGCAGACAGAUGGCCCACAGAGAUUUGCAAGAUAUGAGAGGUACCAAAAAAGAGAUGAUGACAGGAAGACAGCAGCAGUAGCACUUCAAGAGCUGUCACUGAAUGUUCCACCAACACCAGAAAAGCCAUCAGUACAUGAUAACUGUAUUAAGACCAUUGCUAGUCUGCGUUUAGAGAAUCAACAACUUUAUACAGAGCUAAAUAGAUUGCAAGUUGAAAACACACAUCUGAAAACAGAACUGCUCAACCUAAAAUUUGAAGAUAGUGCAGUGGCUACAGACAGCAAGACAACAUUUUAUACCGGUAUUCCGUCUAAAGCUUUAUUGAUGUGGGUUUUGAGUUUUUGUACAACUGUGCUUCCUUCUUCUCGUGUCGUCUCUCCAAAAGGUGUGUUACUGUGUCUACUCAUUAAGCUCAGACUAAAUCUACAUUUAGAAGACAUUGCUUUCCGCCUGAAUAUUUCAAAGACAACCGUGUCAGACAUUCUCAACCAAGGAUUACCUGCCCUAGCCAAGAAGUUGAACUUUUUAGUACAGUGGCCAGACAAAGACAGUCUUAUCAAGAACAUGCCAGUGAUUUUCAAAAAGACUUAUCCUCGAUGUGUAAGCAUUAUAGAUUGUUUUGAGGUUUUUAUAAAUCGACCAGGUCACCUUACAGCAAGAGCUCAAACAUGGUCCAACUAUAAGCACCACAACACAAUUAAGUUUCUCGUUUCCAUAACCCCAACUGGUGCCAUUUCAUAUGUUUCAAGAGCAUUCGGUGGAAGGACAUCAGACAAAGUCAUUACUCAACGCAGUGGGUAUCUAGACAAAUUAGAACAUAGUGACCAAGUUUUAGCUGACCGUGGAUUUUUGAUUUCAGAAGAAUUAGCUAGUCACGGAGCUACUUUGAUAAUCCCAGCAUUUACUCGUGGCAAAUCUCAACUUAGUGCAAAAGAAAUUGAACUCACAAGACAGAUUGCCCAUGUACGUAUACAUGUUGAACGUGCCAUAGAAAGAGUGAAAAACUUCAACAUUCUGAGUACCAACAUGAACCUCCAUCUUGUACCGCAUUCUGACAGUAUCGUAACUAUUUGUUCGUGUAUAUGUAAUUUACAGCCAGCUCUUGUAUCUUAAUUAGUAUAAACAUGUAUUCAAAAAGAA